AUGCUUGAACAUACGAAGCCCUUCUUCGUUCCACCUCAAGCCACCGGGUCAGAGUACUCUAGCGUCUCUUCUCCUGAGCCGCUGUACUCGCCCGAGGUCGCCUCGUUCGGGCAUGCUGCAGCGCCAAUUAGCAUCGUUUCUUCAAAGUUUCCGAACCAGACGGCCGCCUACAUUGUCCCUAUCAACCUGCCCGACAGAUUCUGCAUGAACGAGAGCCUGUGGGGCUUAAGGCGACCAGCCGAGUCAACUGUUUCGCCCCCUUGGCCGCGUCCUUAUUGGGCUCCGAGCCCAUGUUUAACGAACCGGCCUCCCUUUUCCACACUGGCAAACCUCACGACUCCUGCCUGA